UCAUUAUCUAACACAAUAAUUAAUUAAAAAUAUAAAUAAAUAUAAAUAAAUAAACAAACCAGUUCAAAAUCACUCAAAUAAAUAUUAAAUAAACAAACACCAAAAUCACGCAAGUACCAAAAUCUUCGCAGCCGCGUUGCAGGUGGAAAUGUUGCACUGUGUCUGAAAGGCAGAAGUUUCCCUGUCUGUGUGUUGUAUGAUUGAGGGAAACUACAUUAAUCGAGUUUUGCUUUUAUCUUACACAUGGAGUGCAACAAGGAUGAGGCUCUGAGGGCAAAAGAAAUUGCUGAGAAUAGAUUGCAGACUAGUGACUUUGCAGGGGCACUGAAGUUUGCUAUGAAAGCUCGGCGACUGUUUCCUGAUACCCAGAACAUCACUCAGAUCAUUACUAUUUGUGAGGUUCACUGUGCUGCACAGAACAAACUCUCUACGUCUGAUAUGGACUGGUAUGGAAUUCUUCUAACUGAUAAAUUUUCUGAAGAAGCAGCGAUAAAGAAACAGUAUAGAAAACUUGCACUGCAACUUCAUCCUGAUAAAAAUAAAUUCGCUGGGGCAGAGGCUGCUUUCAAGUUGAUUGUGGAAGCUAACAGAGUAUUAAGUGACCCAGCAAAGCGUUCUUUAUAUCACAUGAAGAUUAGCCGCCUUGCAGGAAUUAAAGCACCUCAGGCUCCAUCCCAUCACCAUAAUAGUUUUCAUGCACAGUUCCAUUCUCAAAAUUCGAAUUCGAAUAAGCAGGAGACAUUUUGGACAUCAUGCCAACAUUGUAAUACUAAGUACGAGUACUACAAAAACAUUAUAAAUGCUACCUUGCAUUGUCGACAAUGUCUUAAACUCUUCAAAGCUCGCGAUAUAGGGUCGCCGGUUGCACCGUCAGGACAUACAUCAUCAUUUUACAGAAAUAAAGAUAUUCCAAACCACAUGCCACCAAAAGAAGCAUCACAAAGUAAUGGUGGAAAACCUUAUGGUAAAGGACCGGAGGACAUGUUUGUGCCCCUUCGUCCUGAAUCUACGACAAAACAUGGGGCUGGAGAAGGGGCCUCUUCUAAGGUUCGAAAGAGUAAAGAUGGCCAUGGUACUGCUGGUGUGACAAAGGCUGCUGCUGGAACUUCCAACCGUGCUACAUCUAAGGCCAAGCCCCCACGGACCCAAACAAAUGUUGGAAGUAAGAGAGCAAGGCAGUCAGCAUCAGCAGAUUCAGUUGAUGGAAAUGGCAUGAAAUAUAGCAAUGUUCAAGAAAAUGGUGUUGAUCCUUCUGGACUUGACACAGGAGUCCAUUCUAAGAAAUCUUCCAGGAAAAAGCAGCACGCUUCAUACACAGAAACUGCUAGAGAUGGUGAGUUUGAGAAUGCUUCCAAAAGGCCACGACAAGAUGAAUCUUCUAAGACCACUAAAGUGGAGAGAAGAGAUGGGCCUUCAAAUGGUGGGUUGUUCAAUAAGACAAGUUCAACUAGUUUCACUGCUGAUGUGGCUGGUCAGAAUGGAGAGACGAGAAACAAAACAAAUGGCCAACCUGAAAAAACAGUUUUAAGGAAUAAAAUGAAAGUUGAGCAAUCGAACUCGAAAAGAAAGGAGACAUCCAAUCCCGAUAUUAUAUUAUGUCCUGAUCCAGAAUUCAGUGAUUUUGAUAAGGUUAGAGCAAAGGAUUGUUUUGCUGCUGAUCAAUACUGGGCUAUUUAUGAUGAUACUGAUUCUAUGCCAAGAUUCUAUGCUCGCAUCAAGAAGGUUCACUCCCCUUUCAAACUGGAAUAUACUUGGCUGGAACCAAAUCCAGAUCUCAAAGAUGAGAUAGAAUGGCAUGAAGCAGAUUUGCCUAUUGCGUGCGGUAAGUACAGACGUGGAAGUACUCAGACAACUGGAGAUAUUGAUAUAUUCUCUCACAUGGUGCAUUGUAUAAAAGGGAGGGCUAGAGGUUCUUAUUUGGUAUAUCCCAUGAAGGGAGAAACUUGGGCAAUUUUCAGACAUUGGGAUAUAGGAUGGGGUUCUAAACCUGAAAAGAAUGCAGAAUAUCAAUUUGAAUUUGUGGAAGUCCUUGCUGAUUUUGAUGAGAAAGAUGGUGUUAAAGUUACUUAUCUGAGCAAAGUGAAAGGGUUUCUUUGUCUCUUUCAGCAAACUGUGCAGAAUGGAGUUGGAUUAUUUUAUGUUCCACCUAAUGAGUUGUAUAGGUUUUCACACCGAGUUCCUUCAUUUAUGAUGUCUGGUGAUGAAAGGAAAGAUGUUCCAAAAGGAUCAUUUGAACUUGACCCUGCUGGCCUGCCUAAGAGUGUUUUUCAGGUUCAAGUUGGCGAUCCGGGUGAUGUGAUGGAGGAUGGAAUGUUAAACAAUGGAGUCAGUUCUUGCAAGGAAUCCUCCAAGCGUAAAGUUGAUCAGGCAAAGUGUAACGAGAGUAUUCCCAAAGCAAAAUUGCGAGAAAGUGGUGGUCUUGAAAGAGUUCAACCUAUCAAUAGAAAGUGGUGGUCAAACGCAGAAAAUAUGGGCAAUGGUCAUACAAGUACUAGUCAACAUAUGGUCAGAGAACACGAUAAGAACACUAGUCACAGGGACUACAGUCAACCGGAAGGAAAUGAAGCUGCUGCAAGCCAGACCAACAAGAAUUUCAAGACACCACAGAAACCCAACAAGAGAAAUUAUCACGCGGAGACAUCGACAGUUCGAAGGUCACCUAGAGAUUUAAGCAAGAAAAAUGAUGCAAGAGGCGCUGGUGAAUGUGCCACUAGCAAGUUGGCUGAUAAUCAUUCCAACACUAACAAUAAUAUUAAGGAAACUGUGUUUUCUCAGUCGGUGGGAAGUGAUCACGCGUGCUUGAAAAAAGAAUCCGGAGUUGUGGGAGCAAGUUAUGACUUUAAUAAGGAAAAAUCUAGGGAGAUGUUUCGGUUUGGUCAGAUAUGGGCAAUAUACGGUGAUAGAGAUAAUAUGCCUGUUGUUUAUGUUCAAAUCAAGAAGAUUGAAUCCACCUCUAAUUUUAGGUUGCAUGUAUCCGAACUUGAACCCUGCUCGCCCCCAGAAGGUUUCCAGCGAGCAAUAUCCUGUGGUUCCUUCAAAAUAAAAAAAACCAAACCCCAAAUUCUCUCUCCCUCAGCAUUCUCUCAUCAACUAAAAGUUGAACCCAUGGAAAACAGUAUAUAUGAAAUUUACCCUAAAAAAGGUGAGAUUUGGGCUCUAUACAAGGACCAUAACUAUGAACUUACUUCUUCAGACCAGGACAGAGGCAGAAGUGAAUGUCAUAUAGUAGAAGUAUUAGCAGAUAGUGACAAGAGUAUAGAAGUUGUUAUUCUGUUGCGUUUUAGCGGUUCUCAGCCAAUUUUCAAGGCUCCCAUUACGCGGCGAUCUAAGACCGGUAUAAUUGAAAUAUUAAGAGAAGAUGUUGGUAGAUUUUCACAUCAGGUUCCUGCUUUUCAGCAUACUGGAGAAGACGAUCUUCAUCUCAGAGGGUGUUGGGUGGCAGAUCCGUCUUCAAUUCCUGGUUUUGCAGUAUAGCCAUUUUUAUUGCGUCUAAUUUUGUUUGUUGUUAACUUGUGUUUUACUAUACAAUUAGACCCAGCUGUUGUAUGAAGUAUAAGGAAUGUAUGGAAAUGGCAAAAAAGAUUUCAUCAUUCCAUAUUUUGAUCUGUUGUUUUGGUUACAGCUGCUGUUUUUGUCUUCUAGAUUCUGUUUAAUAUCAGUGGAUGCUUGAUUUGGCACCACCAAAGACUUGUGUUGGCAUAUGAGUGUAUCCUUCACUGUCAAGAGAGAAAAAAGUAGAGGACAUGAUGACACAGAAAGGGGGUCUUUCAUGGGAAUUCGUUUCCAUCCUUACAUGAAUAGGCUACACUGUCUAUUAUCUAGGGGAGAAACUAUUUUCACCCUUGUACCAUUUUUUGAAAGGUUUUUUUCCUCUUGAUCUUGUAUUACUAUUUCCCAUUUGUAUUUGUUACAUUUUCAAAGCCUAUACAUUUACAGCUAAAUCUGAAAUACUUAUCCAAUUCGACUUGAUUUUAAUGAUAAAAAUGGGUUGGCUGUUAUCAAA